GAUCUGUCUGUCUGUAACACACAUCUGUAUCCUGUGUGUUUAUCUCACAGCACCUGUGUCUCUCUGUCUCACACACAUCCAGAAAAACAUCAUUGUUUCAGUUCAGCUUAUCUCUGCUCUCCCAAAUAUCCUGUUUCUUCGAGCUGCGCGUCCAGAAGCAAUAGAAAGCUCUUCCUGCUGCAGGCUGACUUCACUUCCAGCUUUAGCACAAUCUCAUCCGCUCCAAACUGCGCUCGGCAGAACCUCGUAACCACAAACACACACACACACACACACGGCAGCAGCGUGAGGACGGCCCGUCCUGCUCCAGCAUGGCCAGCACCAUCAAGGAGGCGCUGUCGGUGGUGAGUGAGGAUCAGUCUUUAUUCGAGUGUUCGUACGGAGCGUCUCAGUUUAAGACGGACAUGACAGCGUCCACCACCGGUGAAUACGGCCCGAGCAAACUCAGUCCCAGAGUGCAUCAGCAGGACUGGCUGGCUCCGCCCCCCGGACGCAUCACUGUCAAGCUGGAGUGCGGCGCGGGAUCCAGGGCCUCUCCUGAUGUGUGUGCUGCGGUGAAGGGGAAGGUUUCUCCAGUGAUGUACAGCAGCUUUAUGGAGGACAAGCACGCGCCGCCCAACAUGACCAGCAGCGAGCGCAGAGUGAUCGUCCCUGCAGAUCCGAGCCUGUGGUCGGUGGAUCACGUGCGUCAGUGGCUGGAGUGGGCCGUGAAGGAGUAUGCGCUUCCCGAGGUGGACCUGUCUCUCUUCCACAGCAUCGACGGGAAGGAGCUCUGCAAGAUGAGCAAAGACGACGUCCAGCGUCUGACCAGCAGCUACACGGCCGACAUCCUGCUGUCUCACCUGCACUACCUCAGAGAGACUCCACUUCCUCACUUGACUUCAGAUGAUGUUGACAAAGCCUUGCAAAACUCCCCGCGGUUAAUGCAUGCUCGCAAUACAGGAGGAGCCAGCUUCAUCUUCCCAAACGCCUCCGUCUUCCCUCCAGACGCCAGCAGAGCAGACGUGAGUUUCCACGGCCGGCGCUCUGGAUGGACUCAGCCGGCGUCUGCAGCUAAAGUUCCUCAGAGUCCUGCUGCCAUCUUGAGCAAAACCCAAGAGCAGAGAGCUCCGUUAGAUCCGUAUCAGAUUUUAGGGCCGACAAGCAGCAGGCUGGCGAAUCCAGGUUCGGGUCAGAUCCAGCUGUGGCAGUUCCUCCUGGAGCUUCUGUCCGACAGCUCCAACUCGUCCUGCAUCACGUGGGAAGGAACCAACGGCGAGUUCAAGAUGACGGAUCCGGACGAGGUGGCGCGGCGCUGGGGCGAGAGGAAGAGCAAGCCCAACAUGAACUACGACAAGCUGAGCCGGGCCCUGCGCUACUACUACGACAAGAACAUCAUGACCAAAGUGCACGGGAAACGCUACGCAUACAAGUUCGACUUCCACGGCAUCGCGCAGGCCCUGCAGCCGCACCCGCCCGACUCCUCCAUCUACAAGUACCCAGCCGAGCUGUCCUACAUGAGCUCGUACCCGCACCCGCAGAAGAUGAGCUUCGUGUCUCCACACACUCAGGCCAUGAACGUCGCCUCAUCCGGCUUCUUCAGCGGCCCGGGUCCGUACUGGAACGCUCCGGCGGCGGCGGGAAUCUACAGCGGGCCGCGACACCCCGCCGCGCACAUGCCCUCGCAUCUGGGCUCCUACUACUAGAUAUCACAAACAUCUCAAGAACACAGCAGACUGGAGAGAGCAAACCGUCCACCGCCACCGCCGGAGAAAACAUCUGCGAUCCGCUCGCAGAUCCAGGAGUUUAGCGGGAAUGUCAAAGUGUUGAAGAGCCGGUGCAUGAGCAAGUACUUAUUUGCAUAUAUGUGUCCCUGGAGCACAAAAGCAGUCAUAAGUAGCACAGGUAUAUUUGUAGCAAUAGACAACAAUACAUUGUAUGAGUCACAAUUAUACAUUUCUCUUUUAUGCCAAAAAUCAUUAGGAUAUUAAUAAAGAUCAUGUUCCAUGAAGAUAUUUUGUAAAUCUCCUACCGUAAAUAUAUCAAAACUCAAUUUUUGAUUAGUAAUAUGCAUUGCUAAGAACUUCAUUUGAACAACUUUAAAGAUGAUUUUCUCAAUAUUUAGAUUUUUUUGCUCCCUCAGAUUCCAGAUUUUCAAAUAGUUGUAUCUCAGACAAAUAUUGUCCUCCUAACAAACCACACAUCAAUGGAGAGAUGAUUUAUUCAGCUCUCAGAUGAUGUAUAAAAAAGCCUGACCCUUAAGACUGGUCCAGGGUCACAUAUGUUCAUGUGUGCCUUAUUGUACAAACAUAUCAGAGAGAGUUCAGAAGGUCUGAGAGAAAGAGAGAGAAGGAGAGAGGAAGAGGAAGACAGGACUGAGGUAUGAGAGAUGAUGAAGAAUUGUGGCCGUUCACAUGAAGGACGAUAACGUAGGGCAGCACGAUAAUGAUUCAACGGUUAAUCACGAUUAUUGUGCUCAAAAAAUAUAAUUACUUAAUUUCAUCAGAUUUAUAGCAGUUUCAUAUAAGCACAGAUCAACUUGCAUGGUUUGCAUGGAAGUCAUGUCACCUUUACUUAUACAGCACUUUAAACAACACAGAUCGUGUUAAAGCAGCUUUACAGUAUUCAACAGUGUGUAAUAAUGCAGAAGGACAAUAGUCCACUAGGGUUGCCAACUUUUUUUACUGCAGAAUUGGGCUACUUUUACACUAUUGCCACGAGUUGUUUUUAAAGUCUGUUGGUUAAAGUGAUCUCCCUGAAACACUAUUUAGACAGAAACUGUGGAAAAGACAUGAUUCUAAUUAGCAAUUAGGUUUGUUAACCUUGUAAACCACUGGGCAGAGAAUGUAUUGAUUUCAGAGAAAACUUUGAUUGGAUUUAAACACUUUAAACACUUGACAUCUGGCAACCGCAACCAUGAAUGCUCCUUAAGGCUUGUUACCACUGCAAGACAAUGGCAAUGUCAAAUGUGAAAAAUGUAUUUAUUUAUCAAAUAAAUAACCAGCAGGCAAAUAUUGCAGACAAUUAUGCUUAAAAUUGGGAGAAGCUGAAAUGGUGAUCAUGAUUAAAAUACGAUUCAUCGUGCAGCCCUACAAUAAUGAUUAAGAUAUACUUUUAAAACAAUAACAACACAAAUGCACAAUAUUGUUGGAAUCACUUUCAGAGUGAUAUUUUUUCCAGCUGAUGAACGAUAAACACAUUAACAGCCAAUCAGAAUCUACUCCUGCAUUUAAAGUAACAGGUGAUAAAACCGCAGUGUUUGUAAUAAACAGAUGAUCGAGCAUCAGUGUGGAUGCUAAUAUAGUUAUUGUUCUUGAUGUGAACAGGCCUCUUGUCAUAUUUAUCAGUAUUAUGUCGUUCGUGUGGCAUCAGAGAUUGAUAUUUGCCUUAAAAACGACACAUCUUUGUAAAAAAAACUGGAAUCUUUCAGAUGUUUUAAUGACCUCAAACCUUUAAAGACGAGGUGCAUGUAUAUGAACCAGUGCCUUACAGAGAGAAACAGAUGUACCAAAGAUACCAGUGUUUGUAUUAUUAUGAAUUAUUAUGACUAUGAUCUGAGUCGCAAACGCUGUGCGUUUGUUAGAUUGAAGUAUACAAUUCAGUGUUAUAAUUCUUUUUAUAUAAUAGAUAUAUAACUUAUGCAUUUAAACACUACGAGUUGAUCUCAGCCAGCCGAACAGACAUUUAAUCAGAGACGUAGAGAAACGGAGCGGAGACGACACACUCGCGUGAUUCUCUGUACAGUGAACACGUGUGUGUAUGUUUGACGCUGGACUGGCGCGGCACACGGGCUCAGACCCACUGAACCCAGAUCUGGGCUGCGUUUCCAAAAAGCAUCGUAAGCCUAUGUUGAUCGUAGCUUCACUGGUUUCAGUGGUCUAUGAUGUACUUAAGCUUACGAUGCUUUUGGGAAACGCAGCCCAGAUCAGCUCAGUUCGGUCACGCCCUGAUGCUCUGAGAUUGUUGACAAAGGGAAGAAAACAUAUAUUUGGAUAAAUUAUAUGGUUUUCUACUGAAUAAUUUUAAUAAACUAUUUUCAACAACA